AUGUCGACUUCUGCGCUCCCACCACUCAACCCCUUACUCCAAGUAUGCGGCAAACGAACGAGGGACAUCUUUGCGUCGUGUCCCGAUGAUAGUAUGGCGGAAAAUGAGAAGAGUGCUCGAAUCCGGCUAUCUGUCAGGAUGAACGACGAAUACAAAGACGUUAGAGAGCUCCCCGCAGCACUGGCGGCGCAGCAGGGACCGGUUGGCCCUGCACGGCCAAAAGAGCAACGAAAAGCUAUCACUGCAGGCCCCGCAACCGACACAAGCCGUAUGAUUGCAACCAUCGACAAUAAGCCACCUCCUCAGCCUUCAACAUUUGCAUCAUCGUCAAACCUCUCUAAGGCAUUGCAGCUGCACAAAACGACACGGACAAUCAAGCCCACUUAUCAUCCGCCAUGGAAGCUCACGCGCGUCAUCUCGGGGCAUUUGGGUUGGGUGCGGAGUGUUGCAGUGGAGCCCGGCAAUAAGUGGUUUGCAACGGGGGCGGGAGACCGAGUCAUCAAGAUUUGGGACCUGGCGUCGGGUGAGCUGAAGCUGUCGCUGACCGGCCACAUAUCCACUGUUAGAGGAUUGGCGGUGUCCUCGCGGCAUCCAUAUCUAUUUUCUUGCGGUGAAGACAAGAUGGUUAAGUGCUGGGAUCUGGAGGCGAACAAGGUCAUCCGGCACUACCAUGGGCACCUGUCUGGAGUUUACGCGCUCUCGCUGCACCCAACGUUAGACAUUCUCGUCACAUCUGGGCGAGAUGCGUCAGCACGUGUAUGGGACAUGCGAACGAAAGCACAGAUCCACGUCCUGUCCGGCCAUACGGCGACAGUUGCAGAUGUCAAGUGUCAGGAGUCGGACCCACAAGUCAUCACCGGCAGUAUGGACUCAACAGUGCGGCUGUGGGAUCUAGCGGCUGGCAAGACGAUGGUGACGCUCACGCAUCACAAAAAGUCCGUCCGCGCACUUGCCAUUCACCCAACAGAGUUCUCGUUCGCAUCUGCCUCCGCCGGUGGCAACAAUAUUAAAAAGUGGAAGUGCCCAGACGGGACAUUCGUGUUCAACUUCAGCGGGCACAACGCUAUCAUCAACACACUGUCCGUUAACUCGGAAGGAGUGUUCUUCUCUGGCGGUGACAACGGUACCCUAACAUUGUGGGAUUAUAACACCGGCACUGCGUUCCAAAAUAUGGAUGACAUUCCUCAACCGGGUUCCCUCGAAGCGGAGGCAGGUGUCUUCUGCUCGACAUUUGACGUCACUGGUACGCGAUUAAUCACCGGCGGAGCAGACAAAACGAUCAAGAUCUACGCGGAGCAGUCGCAAUAG